GAGACCGGCAGGAGGAGUGGGACUUGCUAUAAGGACACAAGCAACUCUUAAAUCCAGCCGUUCCUCUGUUUUUACGCAGGAGAUUUGAGGAAACAAAACAACAAAACAGGUGGAGCUGUGAUUUGCUUUCGAUAGAGAAUAAAUAUCCUACCAUCGCAUCGUUGUAAAUUUUCAGCGGCAGAGACACUCGGGGAAUCCAGGGACCUACCAUGAUAAGGGUUGUGGAUGUUUUGCUGACUGCGCUCCUCACCGUGUCCUUGUCGUGCCAAAGCGCGCUCGGCGGCUACGGGAUGAGUCUGUUCGCGGCGCAGACCUCUCCUCCGGACCCCUGCAACGACGAGCACGGAAACCCCCGGCGUUGCAUCCCGGACUUCGUCAACUCAGCCUUUGGGAAGGAGGUGAAGGUGUCCAGCACCUGCGGGAAGACGCCCAGCCGCUACUGCGUGGUGACAUCUGCGGAGAAGGGAGACGAGAGGACCAGGAACUGUCACACCUGCGACGCGUCCGACCCCAAGAAGUACCACCCUCCGGCUUACCUGACGGACCUCAACAACCCCCAUAACCUCACCUGCUGGCAGUCCGAGAACUUCAUCCAGUACCCACAGAAUGUCACCCUCACUUUGUCUCUGGGUAAGAAGUUUGAGGUGACUUAUGUGAGUCUGCAGUUCUGCUCCCCUCGACCUGAAUCCAUGGCUAUUUACAAGUCAAUGGACUACGGCAAAACUUGGGUGCCCUUUCAGUUUUACUCGACCCAGUGCAGGAAGAUGUACAACAAACCUAACAGGGCCGUGAUCACCAAGCAGAACGAACAAGAGGCCGUUUGCACCGACUCCCACACCGACAUGUACCCUCUGACCGGCGGCCUCAUCGCCUUCAGCACCCUGGACGGAAGACCCUCUGCGCACGACUUCGACAACUCCCCGGUGCUGCAGGACUGGGUGACGGCCACCGAUAUUAAAGUCAUCUUCAGCCGGUUGCACACUUUCGGUGACGAGAACGAGGAUGACUCGGAGCUGGCCCGGGACUCGUACUUCUACGCGGUGUCGGACCUGCAGGUCGGAGGCAGAUGCAAAUGCAACGGACACGCGUCCCGGUGCGUCAAGGACCGGGAUGGGAGUCUGGUGUGUGAGUGCAAACACAACACCGCCGGGCCCGAGUGCGACAGGUGCAAACCCUUCCACUACGACAGACCGUGGCAGAGAGCCACAGCCAGGGAGGCCAACGAGUGUGUGGCAUGUAACUGUAACCUUCAUGCCCGAAGAUGCCGAUUUAACAUGGAACUGUACAAGCUAUCAGGGAGGAAGAGCGGAGGAGUCUGCCUCAAUUGCCGCCACAACACCGCUGGUCGCCACUGCCACUACUGCAAAGAGGGCUACUACCGAGACCUGUCGAAGCCCAUCUCACACAGGAAGGCCUGCAAAGCAUGUGAUUGCCAUCCCGUGGGUGCUGCUGGCAAAACCUGUAACCAAACCACAGGACAAUGUCCCUGUAAAGACGGCGUGACUGGUAUCACGUGCAACCGCUGUGCUAAAGGCUACCAGCAGAGCCGCUCGCCCAUUGCCCCCUGCAUAAAGAUUCCAGUUGCACCUCCAACAACCCCUUCCAGCAGUACAGAGGAGCCAUCAGACUGUGACUCUUACUGCAAGGCGUCCAAAGGCAAACUGAAGAUCAACAUGAAGAAGUAUUGCAAGAAAGAUUACGCUGUCCAAGUACAUAUUCUGAAGGCAGACAAAGCCGGCGAGUGGUGGAAGUUCACCGUUAACAUCAUCUCAGUCUACAAACAAGGAGAGAGCCGGAUCCGCCGCGGGGACCAGUUCCUGUGGGUCCGUGCCAAGGACGUGGCCUGCAAAUGUCCAAAGAUCAAGCCUGGGAAGAAGUACCUACUUCUGGGGAACGACGAGGACUCCCCCGGCCAGAGUGGCGUGGUGGCGGACAAAGGCAGCCUGGUCAUCCAGUGGAGGGACACGUGGGCGCGCAGGCUCAGGAAGUUCCAGCAGCGCGAGAAGAAAGGCAAGUGUAAGAAGCCAUAAGCAGAAAAACGGAGAGGAUGGCAGAGAGGGGAGAGAAGAAAAGCUGAGCGGGUGAAAAAAAAAAAAAAAAAAAAAAAAAAAAAGUGAGAGAGACAGAGGACUACAGACAGAGAAAAGACUGUUUAUGUCGCUGCUUUUUUGUGUAGAAGCAUGAAGAGAAUUAUUUAGGAUGAUUUUUUUUUUUUUUUUUUCCUAGUGAACUUUUGUUGAAGGAGCUCACCCUGCAGAUUUGGUUUUAUGGUUUAUUUUACUUCGAGGUUUGCCUCUCUUGUGGAUUUGCCGAAUUUGCACCUAUUACCAGUAUAUAAAGUUAUUUGUGUUUGUUUUCUUUAUCCCAGUAUGAAUCCAUUAUAUUUUAUGUUUUUAUUUUAUGGACAUUUUCUCCUGGUGCAAAAAUGACACAGAAAAAAAAACAACCACUUAAUUACCACUGCAAUUUUGCCUCUGUAUGGUUUUUCUUAUUGUAUCCUUCGCUAAAAAUGAUUUGUCAAAAGCCUUCACUGUUCUAAAUAUUGAUGUGUUCAGAAUAGUGAAAAUAUAGGACCGAUUUAGAGAACAGUGCCAUAAAAUAUUCUUUCUAACUGUUUAUAAAUGCAUAUUACUUUUAGCUGCCAAUCUGUUGCUCUUUCCACUUUGCACAGAUUCAGGUAUGUAAGAGGAAAAAAAAAAAAAAAAAAAAACUGAAAAAACCCAACGUAUUCUUCAGAAUAUUUAGUGGUAAAGAUUUCACAGAUUUUAAAGACACAGAACUGACCUUUAGAUUUUUUGACCCAAAAUAUUUCAUGUAUUUUUACUCAUACAUGUGGCUUUUCAAUCCUCACUGGUCAUGUUUUGGUUUUUCACUAUUUGCACAAAUUAAACCGUAACUUUUUUUUUUUUUUGCAUGGGACUGCGAUGUUUACUCAGUACAGCUGCUGAUGGUACUAAUUUUAGAAUAAUUACACCAGGAGGAAGUAACACAUUUAAAAAUAAUGAUGGCUUUUCAUUUCAAGAGUUAAACAAAUGAUUAAAAAAAAAGAAAAAAAGACAAAAGGCCAGUCACAAUGAUUAUUAAUAACGGAACAAAAAAAAAAAUGUGAAGAAAUAGUAACCAAUUUUAGGUUUUUCCAAAUAAAAAUAAUGAAUAUUGGUUAUUAAGUGGCUACUAAAUGUCCAACCUUUUAAUUUAGUUUUAAUCAACUUUCUUUCUUUGUUAACAUUUUAGUGAGCAGUCAUAAAUAUUAUCAUGAUGACGAUAGUCCAGAAUGGUAUAAAAGCUGUAAAAGUUAGGUCACUGCACAAAAAAAGGGUGUUUAAGUUCUGCACAAUUUCCCAGAGUUGCAUGUAAAUUAAUAUUCAAUUUCUUUAAACCAGCUCAAGAAAAAAUCACUUGACUAUUGUGUAAAAUUUCCAAACACUAUAUCUGUAAAAGUGAAUUUUUAGGCCAAUAAAGAUGAGCAUGGUUCUUUUUUUUUUUUUUUUUUACCUUAUCUGGUGCAGAAACAUAAAACGGUACCUUCAAAAAGUGCUUAACACCUCUCUAUGACCCUGUCUUUAUAUAGAAAGAGACUAGAAAUAUUUAGCAGAGCCCUUAAACCUGCAGGAGGGGUCUGUGUUCAAAUCCCUGCUAUGAGAUUGUAGAUAAACACCUUUCCAGUCCUCACCCUCUUUUAAGAAGACAAUGCAUGACUGUAGGUUCACUACAGGAUGCUGUGUGACCAGUCAGAAGCUGCAGUCUCCCCAUUGACCUGUCACUUUCAUUCUCUUCACUUCGACACCUGCAAAAGGAGGAAACGGAGGAAUUGCAAAGGAGAUGUAGUUCAGUCACUUGACGCUGCUUGAUUCAAACCACAUUGCUCAUUUAUUUGUAUGCAGUUCAGCUUGGAUUUCUCCAUUUCUCUGAGGAAUGCACGGUAAUAACACAGCUCAGGUUUGUUAAAGUGUAUCUAAUGUAUCAUAAACUGGGAUUCCUUUCAGUCCAUCCCAAAACACUAUCAGCAACACUUUGAUGUUGCUAGUAUUUGUUGUGUACAAACCACGUUUAGCACCUUUUAAACUGUUAAAUGGCACAAAUCAAAACCAUAAAAAGGGUCCACUUUAGAAACACAUGGUAUUAAUUCAGUGAAUUUUCUACUCACCCUUGUUAUAAGAUGGUAAUAACAAAAAAAAAAAAAGUAAUAUGUCCUAGAUUUUUCUGAAUGGACUGAAAAGCCUUCAAGAUGCUGAAAAGAGGCCUCUUAAACCCUCGAAAUCACAAUCACCUGGGUUCAAUCGAAAUGACAAAGAACGUAUGAGCUUGUUGCUGAAGUAUUUCGCAGUAUUUACAUUAAGAGUUUUUUGGAGGGUGCUGGUUUUUCACUGUACAAUCAAUCAAAUGAUUGUGAUUUUAACGUGAUG